UAAACAAUUUGAUUUUAGUCUGUUCGUUAACGUGUAAUAAACACUCCAGUCGAUUGCAAAGUAAAAAAACACAAUUAAAUUUUACAAAUAUCUUGACAUAUAAAAUCAAAGGCCAGACUGCAAUAUGAAGAUUUGCGUUCUGUUAUCGUCUUACGGUGGAGUCGGUUCAUCAUUUGAACACUAUGAGUUGUAUCAGAACCCAGGACUCUACGACAAGAAACAUGUCUAUGAGCAGAGAAUCAUAGCCAAAAACAAUGCCAAAGAGGAAAUCGACCGAAUAUUGCAGGAAGGAUUUGAUUUAAUUUGGCAUUUUUUGUGGGGACCAGUAAAUGAGGACAUUGCCGGUGUAAACGAAAUCAAGUAUUUGGAGACGAAGAAUGUGUCGAUGAUUGGGACAUCAUCAAAAUUUUUAUCUUUAACAAAAUUGGAUUACAAAGAAGCUAUGGCGUCUGCCAAUAUUAAAACACCAAAGGGAAUUGUAGUUAAAGGGGACGACGAGUCCUUAGCUCACUUGGAGUUAGGCCAUCUAACGUUUCCAUUGAUUGUGAAACCAUCGGUAGGAUGCGGAAGUGAGCACAUGACGGAGGAUUCCGUUUGUCAUAAUGUCGUGGCACUGGAACAGCAAGUUAAACUAUUGAAGUCCAAAAUCAACGUAAAUUACGAAAUUUUAAUCGAGGAAUUUGUUGAGGGCGACGAGGUUGCUGUAGUUAUUUUGGAAACAAAAAACGGAGUAGUAGCAUUGCACCCAACGAUUUUUGUUUUUCCGGAAGAUUGGCCACCGACAAAAAAGUUUUUAGAUUUUGAUGCCAAGUUCGUUGGAAUUGAGCGCGGUGAUAUCAUUCACAAAUUGUUCGAUGGAAAUACAGAAAUGAAAGAAAAAAUUGAGGAAACGGCCAUUAAAGCUUACGAAGAAUUGGGUGUACUGGGAAGCGGUUAUGCAAGAGUAGAUUUUCGUGUCAAAGGAUCAGAGGUGUAUGUAUUGGAGAUUAACCCUUGUCCAGCAUUUUUUGCGGAGCUUGGUAAUAGGAGUGGCGACGAUUUCGUUAUCGAAUCAACAUUUCCUGGAGGACACGAAAAUUUGAUUGAAACGAUCAUUUCGUCCACGAGACGUUUUGAUUCAAUUCUCAAAGAAUACAACGGUGUGACAGCAAGCAAUUAUGACGCCACUAUUGAAGUCAAAGGGAAAAAUCUGUUUGCGAUUUGGGAAUGUCUAACCGAUACAUUUGAUUAUGGUGGAACUGUUUUGGAUUUGGGAUGUGGAACGGGCUUGGUGGGAAAAAUAAUCAAGAAAAAAUAUGAUGCGAAAUUGACUGGAAUUGAUUUGUCGCCCGAGAUGGCUAAAUUGAUCGAUAAUUAUGAAGAACUUCACUUAGGGUACAUGGAAAAUGUUGUGGUAGAAUUGAAGGCAAGGUCCUUCAAUCAUAUUGUAAGUGCCGGUGCUCUAGCGUUUAUUGAUCAAAAAAGUUUCGUAAAUUUGUUCGUCCGACUGUUCUUCUUGGCGACAGAUUCACUCACUUUGAUUAUUGAUGAAAUGAGCGACGAAUUUAGAACAGAUUGUGCCGUGAAAUACAACGUUAUGUUAUUCAAUCAUGCGGAUACAGUGAACAAUUACUCCAUACCAAAGGGAUGGAAUUUGGUCUACAACAAACGAGCAUUACUUUGGACAUCGCCUAGAAUUGGAACCGAUAUUUAUGGGCUCGUUCUUCGUUACGAAAGAUGCACGCGAGUUUAAAAUAAUACUGACAAUGAUACGUCAAUAAAUCAGCUUGGAAACAUGAGAAAAUUAUUCCAACCAAUCCUUAAUAAAUCCCUUUGACCACACAUCAGAAGAGGUUUUGAGCAAAGCCGAAUUCUACUUCUACUGGCAAACUUCUCCAAAGCUUUCGAUACGGUACAAAACACAUGAAAAGCUGUUGGAAAGGCUUCGAACUGAUUUUAAUUUUCUGUAAACUUUGAAAAGGUCGAAAAAUGUGUCCCUUUCCAAUAUAUAAAUUCAACGGAACGGAAGUAUUAAGGCAAAACACCGUAUCGCAAUGUUUGUGUGCUUUCGAGAGCUUUCGAAAGCUCUGCGCUUCUUUUGGAUUCCAUUGCGAAAGUGGAAUAUUUCAGUAGAAUACUAAAGAAUAAAAUGGAAAUUUACGUGAGCUUCCCAAAUACAGCCUUGUAAAGGACGACCCUCCUCAUAUGAAAACUGUAAGCUCUUAGAUUUUCGCCCGACUGAAGAAUCUCUACUCUCUGACCAAACUACAACAAUAUCUCUCUCUCUUGGCAGACUAGACUAAUAAUAGUAAAAUCGCUUAAAUUCAUGCGUUCUCCGCAAAGUCUAUGGCUUUUUUGUAAGAAAAACGUAACACUAGUCUGAUCUUUAGGUACUUUUGUUCUGGCUGUUGGGGCAAUUCCAAGUCAACCAGAAUGACACACCAAACAAUCGAAAGUGAAUUUGAAAAUGGUUACCGCUACUAGGUUCCGGUGGUCGGCCCUGCCAUUUAAUUAUUCAAAAUUUAUUUUGCUUUAUUGAACAAUUGAUAUUUCAAGGGAACUAGACAAAUUGCUCUGUUCACCCAUGAAUCACAUUGAUGCAGACAAAGUACACAUCGUCGAUGAACCAUUGGAUGCUAUCAAUGUGAUCCGAGAACGAUCUUUGCGUGGUCAGGUGUACGAUGAGUCUUUCUACAUUUGCAACAUUUCCGAUAUCGUGAAAAAACAUCGCAUCUGGAAACAGUACAUGCCCAGAGUUAUUCCAUAUUAUGCUGUGAAAUGUAACGACAGUCCAAUUGUUAUUGAAACAUUGGCUCUUAUGGGUGUCGGAUUUGAUUGUGCAUCACGAGGUGAGAUUUCCAAUGUCAUGAAUUAUGACGUAGACGCCAAGUCGAUCAUUUAUGCGAGUCCAACGAAGCCAAUCGCUCACCUUAAAUAUGCGGCUGCGAUGAAUGUUAAUGUGAUGACAGUUGACAGUGAUUCUGAAUUACAGAAAAUCCGUGCUCAUUAUCCCAAAGCAAAUUUGCUACUACGCAUUCGAUGCGAUGCAAAGGUAUCUUUGAGCCCACUUGGUGAUAAAUAUGGCUGUUGUCCAGACACAGAAGCUGAACACCUAAUUGAAUUAGCCAAAUCAAUGGAUUUGAACAUUGUUGGGAUUAGUUUUCACGUGGGUUCUGGUUGCCAGGAUCCACCCGCUUAUUCAAAGGCAAUUCAUGCUUCACGCAAGCUAUUUGAUUUUGCUGAAAAUCUAGGAUUUCAUUUCAAUAUUUUGGAUAUUGGUGGUGGUUUUCCCGGUGAUAAUAAUACUAAUAUCGAAUUGAUUGCAACCAUUAUCAAUGAUAGUCUCGAUUUACACUUUGCAUCGUCAAACGUAACGUUUAUCGCCGAGCCGGGUCGAUUUUACGUAGCAUCAGCAUAUACGCUUGCUUGCCAAGUACAUUCGAUACGUGAAAUUCGUCAAAAUGGACAACUCGACAGCAUGAUGUAUUAUGUUAACGAUGGCGUUUAUGGAUCUUUCAAUUGUAAUUUGACCGAUCACAAAGCCAUUUAUCCGCUCACUUUGAAGGGUGACAAUGAAAAGAUGUUCAGAAGUACAAUCUGGGGGCCCACAUGUGAUGCACUCGAUCGGGUGUGUGAAAACAUUUCAAUGCCACGUCUUGAUAUCGAUGAUUUUAUCAUAUUUGAGAAUAUGGGCGCUUACACAUUGCCAAUGGCAACCAACUUUAAUGGUUUUGCGUUGCCAAAUGUUGAAUAUUUUAUCGAACGCAAGCAUUUGAGGAGCUUAUUUCCAAAAGGUACCAAAUCCAUUUGAUUGCUCCGGAAAGCUCUGAGCCAAAUAAAAAGUUAAUUGAGCUUUUCUUCCAGAAAAUACUUGCUUUCUUUCUGAAACAAGCGACCUCCAUCAGCGAAAUAGGUGGUUCCGAAUAUUUAAUUGAUUUUGACGCAAAACUUUUUCACUUAUUGUGGUAAAUUAACAGAACUUUGAAGAUAAUUAAGUUAACAGAGCUGUCAACGGUAACGACAGACCUUAAUCUAAGAUUUGCACGUAUGGGUUACUUCGACCAAGGCUGUAAACUUUUCCACACAAAUAAAUUCAAGAAAAUCGAAUUUGUAUGGCGUGAUGAAUUUACAGCCUUGACUUCGACACAAUUUUUUAUUCUUGUGAGGUGGCUACCAGUAAAGUUUUAAUAACUCAACCUUUCUUUCAUCAUAAGUAAGUUGGUUGGUCCUAAAAAGUAGUUGAAGAAACCAAAAUCAAAAUCUAUACCUUCUCUUAUUUUUAACAAAAUUUACUAUUUUUGUCAUUAACGCGAAAAUAAAAGCGUCGUUCAAUCGACUUAACAGUCAUUUAUUUUUUGAUACUCGUCAAAGGGUUUCCACAACAAUAUAGAUCAUUUAGAAUGACUUUUGAAGUACUUAGGUGUACAUUCAGAGUUACAUUUUUACAACAAUAAGAAUCAUGAAUUGAAUCAACUCAUCAUUACGAAGUGGUGAAAAUCAAACAGACGAAGCAAAAUAAUAAUCGUAGGAGCCACUGAAGAAGUAUACACAAUGACUUUCUGUGUGUUGGUUUGUAUAGGAUAAUAAUAUUUCACGAUCCCACAUUAGUGUGAUGCAAUACACAUUUAUCUAAACAAUAGAUAAAUGGCGACAGGUCAAAUUCAAAAUUAUAUAAACCGAUAACCGACGUGUCAGUUUUGGAACUAAAUUAUUUUGGUCGUUUUAAUCCUUUGGCCGUAAUAAAAAUGAACGCGAACAUAUCUGACGAAUUCCCUGAACAUCCCGAAGAAACGAACAAACCAAGGAAGAAGAAAGUUAAUAAGGCUAACUGGAAGAAAAAUGUCGACAAGCUGAAAAUAUAUUCAGCAAAAGCAGAAAAACAACCAACGAUCGCGUGUGCUCAUAACAGCCAUUGAUGUGAAAACGCCAGACAGACGAAGACCUGGCCAGGGGAAAUCGGAUCGUUCAACGAAAAACAUCAGCAGCACCUUUCAUAUUCAAACAACAAAAGGCCCCGUGAAAGUUUGUCGAAAAACUUUCUUAAGCAUUUUGAACGUUGGUCGACGGCAGGUCGAAAAUGCUGCGAAUGACAAAUUAAAUCUACGAUUUUCCACUCCCGAGAGACGAGGAGGUGCUAGACAGCGAGCAGCGGUGGUAUUACGCCGAGCUAAAGUUAUUGCCCACAUCAAAAAGUUUAAGUGCCGUAGCAUUCAUUACGGACGCAAAAAGGCCCCUCUGCGAAAAUAUCUGCCAAGCGAAUUGAAUGUGCGCAGAAUGUGGAAAAUGUUUUGCGAGGAGGAACAGUCGGAGGAAACUGAAGAUCAGUGUGACUAUUAUUACUACCAU